AUGCCGACCUUGCACAUGCAUGUGUGCUGCCCCGUUGAGGUCUUCGAAGUAGGGUAUCUGAGCAAGGAGCUGACCGACAUGGCGUAUCUCGCGGCUGCUCGCUACCGCGGCAAGGGCACUGACCUGAGCAGGGUCCCCGCCUUCCAGAGGAGUUCCACCGACAGUGGGUCGUCUGAGGUCCAGAUCGCCCGCCUGACCGCGAGGGUCGCCCAGCUGACCGUCCAUCUGCAGGAGCACAAGAAGGACUACGCCUCGCGGAGAGGCUUGAUGCAGGUCCUGUCGCGCCGCAAGCAGCUCCUCCUCUACCUGCAGUCUACCGACCGACCAAAGUAUGAGCAUGUGCUGCAGUCCCUGGGAAUCAGGGCGCCCAAGUCUGGCAGCAUCUGA